AUGACCAGUGAAGCAUUUAUAGCAGCAUUCAAGAGAUUUAUUUCACGACGAGGAAUUGUUACAAACAUGUACUCGGACAAUGGCACCAAUUUCGUAGGCGCAGAGAGAGAGCUUCGAGAGCUUCAAGAUCUGUUUACAAACGAAGAACAUCAGAGAAGAAUCGUCGAAGAAUCAACCGCUCACCUCAUUAAGUGGCACUUCAUUCCACCCCGAUCCCCUCAUUUCGGAGGCUUAUGGGAAGCUGCUGUUCGGUCAGUGAAACAUCAUUUGAAACGAGUUGUAGCCAACGCCUCACUCACCUUCGAGGAAUUUUACACUACUUUAACAAUGAUUGAAGCUUGCUUGAACUCUCGUCCUCUCACUCCCCUUUCCACUGACCCAAAUGACCUUUCACCAUUAACCCCUGGUCACUUUCUCACUGGUGAUGCUUUAACCGCAUUACCUGAACCGAACAUUUGUUACAUUCAAUUAAACAGGUUGUCACAUUGGCAGAGGACACAGCAGAUUGCGCAGCACUUUUGGACACGAUGGUCCAAAGAAUAUCUGUCUCUCUUACAACAACGGCCAAAGUGGAGAUCAGAAGCAGCCAACAUCCAGCUCAAUCAACUAGUUCUCCUGAAAGAAGACAACUUGCCCCCUCUCAAGUGGGUUACAGGUCGAGUGGUGGCGGUCCAUCCUGGAGCGGACAAUAGGAUCCGAGUCGCCACCGUAAAGACGUCGUCUGGCACCUUCAGGAGAGCAGUCAACAAGCUAUGUAUCCUCCCCCUAGAACCUAAUACAGUGCAAGAGUGUAAUGUAGGGGAGAAUUGUUGUCUGGAUAUUACGGGUGACAUCCCUAAUAUUUAUGACAAGGUCGCCUGGAGGUGUGGAGUUCUUGUUCUCAGGGCGUGGGAGGCGACAGAGCUUUCACUCCCAUUGUUAGAGGUGGCCUUCCACGAACCAAGGGAUGUUACCCCCAGGUUUAUGUGCUGUGUGAGCUUGACCAGCAACAGAGACCACCACAUGCUGCUACACUCCCAGGGCACAACGUCGGAAACUAUGGUCUGCGGUCUGGAGGCGAGCGCCUCCGAUGGAAGCGGUAUCGAUGACGAUGGAUGA